GCCUCAGCGAAGAACGUACCUGCCUAUGAAAAAGCAGAGGACCCAACUUUCGUUCUGAAAAACAAUAUCCCCAUCGAUACAAAACACUACCUCACAAAUCAAUUGGCGAAACCUCUUGCAAGGAUAUUCGAGCCGAUUUUGGGUGAUCGUGCUGAACGAGCGCUGAUUGAAGGCGAACACACGAGAGUCAGGACAGUGGUUCAGAGUAAAGUUGGUGGCCUUGCUGCCUUCACGAAAAAGAUGGUCACCUGCUUAGGGUGCAAGGCGGUGCUAAAGGACCAAACCCGUGCUGUUUGCGAGUUCUGCAUAACAAAAGGAAAAUUGCCCGAAAUAUAUGCCAGC